GUCAGUCAAGGAUGCUGGAUGAAAGAUAAAGGUACCUAUCACUGGGCCUCAACUCAGUUUUUUAACACGAAUAAACCUUGAACACACAAGUAAUUAUCCGAGUGAAUCAGUUAAUAAGUUAUCUAACCUCAUACAUCCAUCCAUAGUCGUUGUUUCACUCAGUCAUGAUAGAAGUACAGCAAGCGGAACAUUGGCAAUAAAGUUUUUGUAAUUUCAGAUGAGGAACUUUACAGCUACACAAACUACGGCAUGGAGACCCCAACACCAACCACCACACCAGGAGACUGUUUUCAAAAUGUGUUUCAAAAUUUGGACUCACUCUCAUCACCAUGUCUGGACUCAGACUUUGACGAGAGUCUGGCAGUACCAGAAUCAUUAUCAGUGAUUGAUGUGGAGAAACAAAAAGAGGAAACAGACGCAAGUUCGCCACUAGCUACCUCAGUGCCAUACAAAGCCAUACAUGCUCCGCCGGUUAAGUUUAAUUCCGUUCACAGGAAAGUGUUCAUUCCGGGUGUUGAAAUAAAGGUCAGAUUCGUGGAGAACGAGAGAAGCGCUACUACACAUUUGCUCAAUCCUAAUCUAUACACAAUAAAUCUACAACAUGGUGACUUCUCAUGGACGAUCAAGAAACGGUACAAACACAUCCUGUACCUCCACCAGCAACUGUCCUUAUACAGGGCGUCCCUUAAAAUACCUUUCCCGACCAAAACUCAUAAGUCGAGACGAGCCAGUUUUAAAAAUACUUAUGAAAGUGAGGAAAAAGCUGAAAAAGUGGCGUUGGAGGCUGUGGCAAGGAGAAAUUCGAACAAACGACGUGAGGGGAGGCCUAGAAAAAGAAAAGGCGCUUUGCCCAGGUUCCCUCGGAAACCCGAGGUGAUGGUGACAUACGAAGGGAUUCAGUUACGGAUGAAGCAACUCGAGGAAUAUCUGUUUAACCUGCUAAACAUAUCUAUAUAUAGAAAUCAUCAUGAAACGGUGAAAUUCUUGGAAGUGUCGCAACUGUCAUUCAUCGCGGAGCUGGGUACAAAAGGCAAGGAGGGUAUGAUCCAGAAACGAACCGGCUCAACCCGGCCCGGGCAAGCUGGCUGCAACUGCUUCGGUCUUCUCGGCAAUAUGGUGUGUGUCAGGUGCAAUUACUUCUGCACUGGGCUGGUGUGUGCGAAGUGGCAGGAGCGAUGGUUUUUUGUGAAGGACACGUUUUUUGGAUACAUUCGCCCGAGCGACGGAAUCGUUAAAGGUGUUAUGCUUUUCGAUCAAGGGUUUGAGGUAUCAAGCGGCAUGUAUUCCACGGGGCUCAGCAACGGUCUGCAAAUACUGAACAAUAGCCGGCAGAUGGUGAUCAAGUGCUGGACCAAGAGGAAAAGCAAGGAGUGGAUGCAAUAUUUGAAGACUGUUUCCAACCAAUCCGCCCGUGAAUUCACGUACCCAAACGUACAUCACUCGUUCGCCCCGCCUCGAGCGGGCACCCCUGUAGGAACGUUGGUAGAUGGCUCAGCGUACCUGUCUGCAGUAGCCGAUGCGAUGGAGCUAGCCAAAGAGGAGAUUUUCAUAGCGGACUGGUGGCUCAGCCCCGAGAUACACAUGAAAAGGCCAGCUCUGAAUGGAGAUUAUUGGAGACUGGACACCAUUUUGAAAAGGAAGGCGGCGCAAGGCGUGAAGGUGUCAAUAAUGCUGUACAAAGAGGUGGAGAUGGCACUCGGUAUCAACAGUUUCUACAGUAAAAGUAGAUUAGCUAGUGAAAAUAUUAAGGUAUUCCGGCAUCCAGAUCACGCAAAAGUGGGCAUAUUCUUCUGGGCGCAUCACGAGAAAAUCGUUGUGGUAGACCAAACUGUCGCGUUCGUCGGCGGUAUCGACCUGUGCUACGGUCGAUGGGACGAUCACAAGCAUAGAUUGACGGACCUCGGCAACAUUGCGCAACCGAAGAACUCCAUAAAAACUAAGAAGAUCACAUCCAGCUCUCCCGGCGCUGGUCUCUAUUUACCUCAGACCAAUGGUAUAGAGGCCGCACUGGAGCUAGCAAAAUCAUCGAGGGACGUUGUUAUAGGACUUAAUAUCCCAAUACAAGAAGACUUGCAAGUAGCUGAAGCCAAUGACGAAGUACAAAUAGAAGACAUUCCAAAACUCGAACCUCUAGAAUUAGAACCCACGGACCAACUGUUACAACAGCUCGGAACACCGACCGAUACAAAACCUGAUGGGUUAGAACAAAAACGGAACGUUCUAGACAAAAUAACCGUCAGGGGGAAGGAGUUUAUGAGUAUUAUCUAUCCACCGUUCGAAGAAGAACUGAAUGAGCAGAAAUUUGACGAUUCGGAAAGAAAGAAAGCGGAAAAAUACGCAAGGUCAAACGACGAAGUGCUUCUAACCGAUGCUCUAGGUGUCAAACAUAGGUCGAUGUCCGAACCGGCACCGCUAGCGCAAGUGGUCGAAGGUAGAGUGAUUACUGAAAUCACGAAGAAGGCGUUGGAAGAUAUUGAAGGGAACUCCAAGUUGUGGAUCGGAAAGGACUACGUGAACUUUAUUGUUAAGGACUUUAAUAAUUUGGAUCUGCCAUUUGUAGACUUAGUAGAUAGGAACACAACGCCCAGAAUGCCGUGGCACGAUAUCGGCGUUGUAGUUCAAGGAGCCGCCGCACGCGACGUGGCUAGACAUUUUAUACAAAGGUGGAAUGCUAUCAAAUUGGAAAAAGCCAGACAAAACGUAAACUACCCAUACCUUUUGCCGAAAACGUACACUGAUAUCAAACCUUUACAAGACUUGGAGCAGCUACUCAGUUUCGAUAUGAUCACUGCUUCGUGUCAGGUGUUACGCAGCGUAUCGUGUUGGUCGUGCGGCUUCCUGGACCCGGACACGGUGGAGCAGAGCAUACACGAGGCGUACGUGGACACCAUCAACCGCGCGCAACACUACGUGUACAUCGAGAACCAGUUCUUCAUCACGCUCUCAAGAACUAGCCAGACCGUGAGAAAUCAGAUAGGAGAGGCUCUGUUCAACCGAAUAAUGCGAGCUCACCGAGCCAAGGAAACCUUCAGGGUAUUCGUGGUGAUGCCUCUGUUGCCCGGAUUCGAGGGGGAGGUCGGAGCGCCCUCGGGGACUUCGCUGCACGCCGUCACUCACUGGAACUACCAGAGUAUAUGCAGGAGUAGAGAAGCGAUCCUCACCCGUUUGUACGAGGCGGGGCUGGCCGACCCGGCGGAGUACAUCACGUUCCACGGCCUGCGCACGCACUCGGUACUGGACGGCGAGCCGGUCACGGAGCUGGUGUACGUGCACUCCAAGCUACUGAUCGCGGACGACCGGUUCGUGAUAUGCGGCAGUGCGAACAUCAACGACCGCAGCAUGAUCGGUAAACGGGACUCGGAGAUCGCUGUGCUGUUGCAGGAUGAACAAUUCGACGAUGGUGUAUUAAACGGAAAACCUUUCCCGUGCGGGCGCGUCGCUGGCGGCCUCCGCAAACGAUUGUUCCGGGAACAUUUGGGGCUGGUGGACCAGGACAUCAUAAAAUUCGAGAUUGGCCUCGAAGAUCCGUGCUCCGAAAGGUUCUACAGAAACGUCUGGAAAGCAACGUCUACGCGGAACACUGAAAUUUAUGAAGAGGUAUUCCAUACAAUACCAACGGACGCAGUACACACGUUUGCCGAAUUAAAGAAGUAUCAAGAGGAACACAGCCAAACCUUAUGGCAUAAAGACCCGGCACUCGCAAAUAGGAAAAUCGACCUUAUUCAAGGGUUUGUGGUAGAUUUGCCACUCGAUUUCCUUUGCAACGAGACCUUGACUCCGAGAAAUACUUCCAUGGAGGGUAUGAUGCCGACCUCUUUAUGGACUUAAAUUGUAUACACAGGAAAUUAAACCUUAUAACAAGGACUUAUAGUCUAUAUUGGUUGACUAUAAAAUGUUUUCUAUAGUCAAUAUACUAGGUUUCCUUUGCAAUAAACCUUGAUCCUAGAAAUACGCCCAUAUAGGGUAGUGGUAAUGGAGAUAGACUUUUCACUCGCAAGUAGAUUAAGAUACCUUGUAUAUAAAGACUUUGUAUGCAAUAAGCCGACAGAUAUUCAUGGCAUGACCUUGACUCAUAGAUAUCCUCACAGUCCUUUUAGGACAAAAUGCCAACAGUGUUUUAUAAACGUAGAUUUUUCUAAUGGAAAUAGAAAAAGUUACCUUGUAUAAGCAUUUGUAGGCAAUAUUAUACUGCUAGAUUUUCAAUACAAUAACCCUCGACUCUUUAAGAUAAGUCCUUGAACGACUUUAUCUAUAAUAUUCAUUCCAAACCAAUGAUAGUCACUACAAACAGACAAACUUGACUUUGCAUUAUAACCUACAAAUAACAACUUGAAAUAUAGGAUAUAUUUUUCUUAUUGAACGUUAUAGUGAUAUAUUAUAAUAAAAAAAAUGUAAGUGUUGUGCGUGUUUUUAAAAUCGUAAUUUAAUUUAUACAAAUAAUAUUUUAUCAUGUCUAUAUUAUGAAAAGGUGCUUAUGACAUUUUUUUUUUAAGUACUUAUUUUUACAAAUGUUCAAAUAAGAGAAAGAUUUAUGACGAUAAGAGUUUUGUCUUCAUUGACUAUUACACAUUCCGAUAGUGAUUCUAACACAAAUCUCAUUAAACUUAACUGCCUGAUAUUUUGCUAGAGUUAGCACUCUAGCAAAAUAUCAGGCAGUUAAGUCAUCCUUUUUAUAAUACUCUGUACACACAAGGAUUAUACUAUUUUUCAAUCAAUGGGUAUCUACACUGCCAAUUUAUACCAUAGACUUAAAAUAUCUGCGUUUUUUAAUGGAUGUGGUUCUUUGCGUAGAAACCAAUGGAUUUAAUAUAACUGCCAUACCCCUAACAAAUUGACACCCAUCUUUGUAUUAUAUACUCCACAAAACAAAAUGUUCAAUAAACAAACAAAAUAAAACAAAAAUUAACGUAACGUAAAGAAAUAUUUGACUCUGUCUUUGGACCUCUUGUGGCGCAUUAUAAGUGAACUCAAACAAAAUGUCAAACUGAAUCCGUAGUGGCGUGCAAUUUGCGUCCGUAUUGCGACCAAUCGCAAGGCAUGCUUAAACCCGCACGUUUUGCAUUGGUCCUAAUAAAAGCUUCCGUUUGGUCUUUACAUACGUUUAGUUUAGGAGAUUUGUGUGCAACAGAAUAAAAAUCAAUCUACCUCCUUAAAAUAAAACUUAUUUAUAAUAGUAUUUUGUUAAAAGUUUAUUAAAAUAUGAAUAUAU